UGUCCGCAGCUGCCCAGCAGCGGGUGACGUAGAGCCGCAGUUCUCGGUUCUCACCGGGAGAAGGAGCGGCAGAACGUCACACGACGACCCGCAUUGUUUACCCUGAACCCGACCGGAACCGGAGGCCCGUUCGGCUUCCUGGAUGAAAGCAGAACCGGAACAGAGGCGACGGGAACCCGUCUUCCUGCCCCGGCAGUCCCUGUGGGGAGCGGCGGCUCGGUGUGACUGCGGCCCCUCCCGGACACCGUAGGACUGCAGACCAUGUCGGCCACUCAGACUCAGAAGGAGGGCGGCGAGGCGGGAUGGGGGUGUCUGGAGUCUCUGGGUCUCAGUCAGAAGGAGCUGGUUCUGGCUGAGGCUCUGCAGAUGGAGUAUGAUGCGCUCUCCCGACUCAAACAGGACAAAAAUGGGACUGAAACCAACCAAACCGAACUUUGUCCUCCAAGCCAGAUCCGCUCCAAGACCCUGAAUUCGUCUGUGGACCAGCCUCGGCCAGGCCUCCACGACCCGGACCUCGAAGGCGAGAACCUGCUGACCGGGCUCUCUGUGUCAGAUUUCUCCCUAAACCAGCCUGGGGGAUCCCAGUGUCCUCUCCCACUACCACCUAGGCCAACUCCUCCCCUGGUGAGCCACAAAGAGUCCCCCUACAUCCUAGACAGUCUGGAGUUGACUAAAUUCAGAGACCUUUCUGGUUCCAACCCUGAAGACUCUUCUGGACUUGGUUCAGGGUUUCUCUCCAAAGGCCUUCUGACCAUUCCAGAUGAUGUUCCCCCUGCCAUCCCACCCAGACAGCCUAUCCCCCCACCCCCAGGGUCAGAGAACCCCUUCUUAGUCCCUCGACAGUCCACAGAGCCCCGAGACGUAAACCUGUUCAACCCUGAUGUGGACCAGCACAAAGUGACCUCAGCAGAACUGAACUACGACACCAUAAACUACUCUCUGGUCCGACUCAACGACAUCAGACCGCCGCCAAGAGCUCUACGCAAUAAUGAGGACCAAUCAGGGAAGCCUGUGACUCGGAGUAAGACUCUCCCUCCUCAGCUGCCUCCCAGGACCUACACAUCUGCUGUGAAGACCAACAAAAACCAGAGGCGGGUUUCUGCUGGACCGGUGUCGCUGAGCUCCAGGACCAGUGGGUUUGGAUACGAGCUGUUCCAGGUGUCAGAGGAGAGAGACGAGGAGGUGGCGGCUUUUUGUCACAUGUUGGAUGUGCUGCGCUCAGCGUAUCCAUUCAACAACCGCUCCAAGAACACCGGCUUUGUGUGGUCGCCAUCUGUCGGCCAUGAUGAGCUGCAUCAGGCUCUGGGCGUGGGCGUGAAGGUGACGGUCAUCAGCGAGGACUUCAGGGAACCUUUGACCUUCACCUGCGACGGUGGAGCUGCCGCUGCACGUGGAGCGUCUGGUCCAAUCGGUGAAGGCGCUGUGCAGCUCUCUGGCUGCGGUGGAAACACCUGAUGUUACGGCGGCGUUGAACCAGCUCCCAGCAUGCCCCUGUCGCCUGCAGCCCAAAGUGCUGAAGGAUGCCUCAGUGCUGGCGCUCAGAGAGAACCGAGAGUCCGUGGUGGAGAAGCUGACGGCGGCCAUCUUGGACCUGGUGGAACUCUACUGCAGCACGUUUAAUGCCAACUUCCACACAACGCCACAGAGUCAGAGCUGCACGGCGCCGGUCCAGGAGGCCGGCCUCGUCACCAACGUGUUGUCCUUCACCGUGUACGCAGCUCACCGCGUGCCCAUCACCUGGGCUGCCAGUUAUGAAGGUUUCUUCCUGUCCUGCUCUCUGACUCAUGGAGGGGCGGAGCUCUGCGCACCUCAGCACACCAGCAAACAGGCUGUCAGCAAAUACCUGUUCCACCUGGUGGUCUGGGACCAGAGGGUGUGUUUCCCUGUGCAGAUCAACCAGCUGCCCAGAGAGUCUCAGCUAACCGUCACACUGUACGCCAGCCCUCUUCCGCCCCCUGGAGGAGGAGAGGAGAAGGGCAAACAGCGGCGCAGCAUUGAGGCCCUGGGCUGGGUCACCCUGCCACUCUUCAACUUCAGACAGCUGACAUCAGACGACAAACGUUUGCUGUGGGAGAAGAAAGCUUUUUGUCAGUCAGAAAGCGCAGCGCUGCCUCUGGUCCUCGCCAGCGCCCCCUGCUGGCAGUGGGCUUGUUUACCUGAGAUCUACGCUCUGCUGCGUCAGUGGGCGUGUCUGAGUCACCUGGAUGCUCUGGGACUGUUACACGCCUCGUUCCCGGACCAGGAGCUGAGGAGGACAGCGGUCCAGUGGAUGGACUCCAUCUCUGACCCAGAGCUGCUGGACUUCCUGCCCCAGCUGGUGCAGGCGCUGAAGUACGAGUGUUACCUGGACAGCUCUCUGGUGCGCUUCCUCCUACGGAGAGCCAUCGGGGACGUUCGGAUCGCUCACUACCUCUUCUGGCUGCUGAAGGACAACCUGCAGGACAGUCAGUUCAGCGCUCGGUACCAGCACCUGCUGGCCGCUCUGCUCUGCUGCGCUGGCCGGGCUCUGAGAGACGAGUUUGAUCGUCAGUGCUGGCUCGUCUCCAUCCUCACCAAGGUGGCUCAGAGAGUCCGGGAGGCCACGCCCUCCAUCAGGCAGUCUGUCCUCAGGGACAGUCUGGAGGACAUGAAGCAGUUCUUCAUCGUGAACAGCAGCUGCAGACUUCCUCUGAACCCGGCGCUGCUUGUUGCAGGAAUCAACAUCCAAUUGUGUUCCUUCUUCAACUCCAACGCUGUCCCUCUGAGGCUGUCCUUUCAGAACCUGGACCCUCAGGGAGACCACAUCAGUGUCAUCUUCAAGUCAGGAGACGACCUGCGGCAGGACAUGCUGACCCUGCAGAUGAUCCGCAUCAUGAACAAGAUCUGGAUCCAGGAAGGUCUGGACAUGAGGAUGGUCAUCUUCAAGUGUUUCUCCACAGGCAGAGGACGAGGUAUGGUAGAGAUGAUUCCUCAUGCUGACACGCUCAGGAAGAUCCAGGUGGAACAUGGAGUCACAGGAUCGUUCAAAGAUCGAACGCUGGCCGACUGGCUGCAGAAACACAACCCUACAGACGAGCAGUACGACAAGGCGGUGGAGAACUUCAUCUACUCCUGUGCCGGCUGCUGUGUGGCCACCUACAUCCUGGGAAUCUGUGACCGCCACAAUGACAACAUCAUGCUGAAGACCAGUGGUCACAUGUUCCACAUCGACUUCGGGAAGUUCCUGGGACACGCUCAGAUGUUCGGAAACAUCAAGCGGGACCGGGCCCCCUUCGUCUUCACCUCUGACAUGGCUUACGUCAUCAACGGAGGAGACAAACCAUCCAGCAGAUUCCAUGACUUUGUGGAUCUGUGCUGCGAGGCGUACAACAUGAUCCGCAAACACACACACCUGUUCCUAAACCUGCUGGGCCUGAUGUUGUCCUGUGGAAUUCCUGAACUAUCUGACCUGGAUGAUUUGAAAUAUGUCUAUGAUGCUCUGAGACCUCACGAGUCUGAAGCAGACGCCACCAUGUACUUCACCAGUCUGACCUGGUCUACACCUUCUUCCACCCGCUGCCACGAGACGAGCGAGGAGGAGGAGCCAGCAGCAGACCUGCAGAGGUAGUGUGGUCUCCAGCUUCAGAAAAGGAACUUGGUGAAGUCAAACUGUCCAUCUCCUUCAAGAAUGACAAGCUCUUCAUCAUGGUGAUGCACAUCCGAGGCCUGCAGCCCCUGCAGGACGGGACUGAUCCGGACCCCUACGUGAAGCUCUACCUGCUCCCGGACCCCAUGAAGAUGAGUAAGAGGAAGACGAAGGCGGCACGGCGCACCUGUAACCCCACCUACAACGAGAUGCUGGUGUAUGACCGCAUCCCCCAGGGGGACCUGGACCAGCGCCUGAUCCACCUGCGGGUCCUGAGUGAGGGUGCCUUCUGGGAGAACCCCCUGCUGGGGGAGACCAUCAUCCCCCUGAACAGACUGGUCCCGGGUCAGCACUGGGUGGACUGGCACCAGCUGGGCAAGGCCAGGUCAGACUCCGCCCACUGACAGACAGGAACUGAAGGGAUGUCCUUUCAAAGUAAAAGACUGAUCUUUCAUCAGAGCAUGUGCCAGGGGGUGGAGCCUAAUGUGAAUAAGCAGGUGAAUGUGUGCCAGGUGUUGUUAGUUUACAGAUUAAACUUCAUUAAAUCAAUUUUUCAUUAACGUUUAAAGGAGAUGAUUUAAUGUUACAGCAGGUAAAAAUGAACCAGACUCACCUGAGACUGGACUACAGGUGAGGUCCUGAACUGUACAGGUUUUAUAAUAAAUAUGAUUCAUGAAAUUAA